UACACAGAACUGUGUCCCCUACGUGUGUCGCCGGUUGUUCAACUCUAUCAACAUGGCCAGUGGGGUGUGUACCAGAUUUCUCCUGCAGAGAUCUACACAGGGGUUUCUCUUCUCGUCCAGAGCAGGACCCGCUUUGUCAAGCCCAUUUCUGUGUCGUGCACAUAGAUUGGGUCCCAGCGAUGAUGAAAUGUACCAGCGUACCUCGAUGUCCAUAAUGCAGAAGGGCAGCUGGCCAUUUAUCAACAGCUACAGUUCCCGAGGAUUCGACAUCAACGACAACAAGGUGUUUGGGCCCUGUGCUGUGCUGCCUCCUGCUAUUCUCCAGUGGAAAGUUGGCAGUUAUAAAGACAUCACAGAAGAAAGUGUCUCACUUUUCCACAUGCUUGAACCAAGAAUAGAGAUUAUUGUGCUGGGCACGGGUGCACGUAUUGAAAGAAUUAACCCCUCAGUCCUGGCUCUGCUCAAACGUAAAGGCAUCGCUGUGGAGGUGCAAGACACGCCAAAUGCAUGUGCAACAUUCAACAUCCUGUGCAGUGAGGGAAGGAUGGUGGCUGCUGGUCUGAUCCCUCCGUCCGUCAGCACGGCGCUGGAGAUGAGACGGGAAUAAGUGGUGCGAUGUCCACAGAAACUAGGACUGAUUUCUGCAGAUGGAGGUUAAAGGUUUCUGAAUAAUCCCAGGCCCGUGAGAUGGUUGUUGUUCUUCUUCUUCACGAAGCUUCCAAAGGAACAAACUCCGUGAGAUACAACUCUGAAUAAUCACUAUAUUUGGUUUAAAUAGUUUUUUUUUGGAGAAAGCAGCUGUCGUCACAGAGUGAUCUGAUCAGUUAGAAGGCUCAGAGACACUGUAAUUAGUGUUCUUGUAUAUAAAUACUGUGGUAUGUGUAUGUAAUAUAUAUGUAAAAACUUUACAUGCAACAAACGGCUCAAGUGUCAUGAAUUUAAUGUGUUUUCCAGGAAUACGGAAUAUUUAUUAUUUUAAAAGACACAAGGAAGAGUCGCUAUUGUCUGUGCAGUAGAUGAAAGGGAUUUAUACGUUAAAAAACAUCUUUGUGUGUGAAUAUGUUCCACCCCUCUACCCGAGGUGGUGUCUGUCGUCCAUUUGGUUAAGCCUCUUUACUGCGCCUGUCCACUCUCUGCCUCCAGCUUUGCUGCCUGUCUGCAGCACACAACAACAUUCAGUGGCUUUGUCCUCCUCACACAUAAUCCACAAAUCCACUACACAUCACUGGGAUUCAUCUCUUAAUCAUCUGUCUCUGUGCCACAUGCCCAGCGUCAGUCAGAAAUAUUUAAUCCCUCUCAUUCACACGCUGCAUGUUUACUUUCAGCUGCUACUGCUGAGAAAGUUUGGCACUGACUGGUGCUUAAAGGAAUACAAUAAUUCCAAUAAAACUGGCUUCAGUUAAAUAUGUACUGUUUUUUUAAUAGUUAAAUACAUUGACAGGUUAAUAAAGUAAUUCUUAUUAUUUCAGUCAGAUACCGCUGAUAUGUCUAUUACAAAUAGACUAUUUUUGAGACAAAUAUAAGAGGAAUUUUAAUUACACCAAAAUCCAGCUUGCUCAGGAUUUUACUUGGUAGCAACAAAAAGUUGUAUUGGUUUUUACUUAAAAGAGAAAUGUGUUUUUCCAAAUUUCCAAUUGAUUUACAGAAUCUCACAAAAAAGAGAAAUUUCAAAAAAAAAUUAAAAUUUACUCUACAUGCUACACAACACACCCUCUGCAUUACAGCUGGGAUAAUCAUCCAUACUGUGAUUGUGGCCUCUCAGCUGUUGAAUCAUUUGGUCCUGAUGUUGAAAGUCUCUCUGUCAUCGUCAGAGUUGUGAGACUGGUGUCUCUGUGAUCCUCCGAAGCGGAGCGCUGCUCCUGUUAUCCGCUGGUACAUGUCUUUGAUGUCCUCGCAUUCAGCCUCAAAGUGGUUUAUUGCAUCAUAUGAGCGGGACACAAAUAUCUAAUGAAGACAGGAGUGAGGAGACAUCACUGAACCAGUACUGGACCUAACACACUUCACCGCAUUUAAUGUAUUUAUUUUUUGCUCAGAAAUGCCCUUAUUUACCUGACUCUUUUUUCCAUCUUCAUUGGGAACCAGCAUGUGACUGAUCGAAACAAAUCUAGAUUCAGGAUGAUGACAGGAAAUAACACCAUUUAAAUGUUGUUUAAUGAAAAAAUAAACUGUGGCAUUAAAGAU